CUUUCUUUCUCGGCGUUCAUACCCAUAUGUUAGCGUAAGAUUUUGUUCAUAUUGAUUGUUUCAUGGUUUGGUGGGCUCCCUAUUAGACUUCGCUCUGUUUCAAGUACAAAAUUCAUGCGAGAUUCAGACAUCAUUCCAGACAUGAAUUCAUUGUUGAUUGUUGUAGUCUGGCAGAAAAUAUGGUAGGUACCCGACAUGACUUAGGCUUCUCCAAGCGUCAGAGCAGCUGUUGAUCCCAAGUUGAUGUUAAAGGAGGCCUGCUUUGACGCAGUCCGAAAAGGAUGGUUCCUUCCACUUCUCUCGAUGCCCAAUGAUCUCUAGCCGAGACUUAGUCUGCCUUCAUUGCUGUCUUACCUCAGACUUCAGGUGUUUUGUCGAUCCGCUUUCUGUCACUUUGCCAACACUCUUGCGAAGAUGGAUUCAAUUCCAGCCAAUUCUUCCUUCAUACUCAAAAUACAGUCUGUCGCAUCAUCGGUAUUUGGCGCGCUCUUCUCCCGGCGUCAUCUAGCACCAACACGUCAAUUGGAAGGUACGCGCCAGACUACUACUUCCUCUUCGAGCCCAAGCGCGCCUCAAUUCCGGCGCGUUGGAACUCUAGUCAACCAUCAAACACAUCACUACCCGAGCACGAUGGCACCGCCAUACAAUUUUGCCGACAAUGGCCCAAUCCCUCAAGGAGACCCAUGCUCUCAACUACAAUCUGCCAACGUCUCCAAGCCUAUCGCGCCUCAUCGCCGCGCGAAGAGAUCACAGCGAGAGCGCGCGGCAAGAGCUGUCCAACAACUAAACCCUUCACAAGAGCAGUCUGUACACCCAGUCAUCUCAACCAACGAUCUCUCACAGCAAUUCAAGCCACGCCAUGAAGACGGCUCUGUGGUCAAGAUGGAUACAAUGCCUUCACUGGCUCAAAGAGCAGAUCAAGCCCUACUCGAGUAUCUCGACAAAAGAAGAAUCACAUCGCACUUUCUCAAUGAGAUCGAUGACUUUCUCACGAGUUAUCCGGAGCUCUUGAAGGCUUGUCCGAUGUGGUGUUACCAGUUGGCAACACUUCCACCUCUGGACGCUUACAUGUUCUUCAUUCGUGGCUACUUGCGUCCUGCAAGAUAUGUUGAUGGUGCUCUCCCAUCACUCGAUCAGUUGCAGAUUCCUGAUCGCCCAGUCUAUUUGGAACAUUCGGUUUUCGAUGCUGAACUCUUCGAGUUCUUUGCGGACAUUGGUAUAUGCUACGAGAUUCUAGGUGACAUGGACAAAGAGGUUGCCUUGCUAACACAGGACUAUCUUUCUGGUCGUCAACUCAACCGUCAUCAGCUCAUCUUUCUUGCCAUGGUUACUUACGCAAACCCGGUCGAUGCCCUCAAGUAUUACGAGUAUUGCUACAAGACAGAUUUUUGA